AACCCUGAACAAGCAAAAGAAAACCCUAAACCCGAAAGCACAGUCACUCUCUCUCUCUCACAGUCCACUGAUGGCGUCGCAAAUGGCGAUCCUCUUCCGCACGCGUUCCGUUCUCUUCCCGAAACCCUCUUCCCUCAUCAAAACCAUAUCCACAUUCCCCUUCCUCUCGCAGGAGCCUCAGCUGGCGGAUCCCACCCCUCUCCCUCCCAACCCCGCCUCCGGCAGCCCUCUCUACCACCAAAACUGGCGCACCCCUGGCCCCUCCUCCCAUCCCUCCGACCACGCGAUCGCUCCCAUCGGAUUCUACAACCGCUCACCCUCCGAUUCUUACGACCCUCAGGCGCUACUCGACCUCUUCGGCGAUUGCAUGGCCUCGAACGAGUGGAACGAAGUCAAGAAAACCUUCGAGACCUGGGUUGGCGCCCUCGACAAGACCGGCAAGCCUAACCGUCCCGACGUCAACCUCUUCAACCACUACCUCCGCGCCAACCUCAUGCUCGGCUCCUCACCCUCCGAACUUCUCGACCUCCUCGCUCAGAUGGAUGAUUUCAAUGUUAAGCCCAAUACGGCGUCGUUUAACCUCGUCCUCAAAGCCAUGUGCCAGGCUAACGAAACCGCCGCCGCGGAAAAAUUGCUCCAACGGAUGCUGCAGACAGGAAAUGAGACUCUCCCUGAUGACGAAUCAUAAGACUUGGUCAUUGGAUUGAUCUUUUCUACAGACCAGAUUGAUGCUGCGUUCAAAUAUAUAGAUCAAAUUUUGAAAUCUGGUAACAUCUUGUCAAUGAAGGUAUUUAUGAACUGUGUAAGGAGAUGUCUCAGUAAGGGAAGGCUUGAUACGUUGGUGACAAUAAUUGAAAGGUGCAGGGCUUCAGAUGUAAACAAAGCUCUCUGCCCCAACUGGGACUUGUGCAAUUUUAUUAUUGAAACUGCAACUCGGGAGGAUAAUAGCAAACUAGCUUUUUAUGGCCUGGAGUAUAUGGCCAGAUGGAUUGUAAAGGGUGAACGUCAAAGAGCCCCUAUAUUUCUGUCUGUAGAUGAAGGUUUAGUUCUGUCAGCAAUUUUGACUGCUGGUAGAACCUAUGAUUCUGAGUUGCUAGGGGCAUCAUGGGCUGUGUUGGACCGCUCACUGCGUAAAAAGAAAGCCCCUAAUCCCGAGUCAUACCUAGGGAAGAUAUAUGCCCUUUCAUCAAUGGGAAAUCUGCAAAAGGCUUUUAGUACUCUGAAUGAGUAUGAGUUGGCUUAUGGAGACGCGGGUGAAGAAGCUGAAGAAUUGUUCUGCCCAUUUACCUCGUUACAUCCAUUGGUUUUGGCAUGCUCUAAGAAGGGUUUUGAGACUCUAGAUAAUGUUUAUUUUCAACUGGAGAAUUUAAAUCAUGCCGAGCGUCCUUAUAAAUCUGUUGCUGCACUAAAUUGCGUCAUUUUAGGAUGUGCAAACAUAUGGGACCUUGAUCGAGCUUAUCAAACUUUUGAGUCAAUUGGAUCUACUUUUGGGUUGAGCCCUGAUAUUCAUUCGUACAAUGGGCUGAUAUAUGCCUUUGGGAAGCUCAAGAAGACACAGGAAGCUUCAAAAGUGUUUGAGCACCUGGUGAGUCUGGGUCUCAAGCCUAAUGCAAAAUCAUAUUCCCUGCUAAUUGAGGCCCACCUGAUUAACCGGGAUGUCAAAUCUGCUCUUGCAGUGAUUGAUGAUAUGAUGUGUGCUGGAUUUGAACCGUCAAAAUCGAUUCUGAAAAAGGUCAGGCGGCGAUGCACGAGAGAAAUGGACUACGAAAGUGAUGAUCGAGUACAAUCAGUGGCAAAUUCCUUGAAUUAUAGAUUGGGUUCAGAAAGCCGAGGGGACAUUCUGUUUAAUCUUGACUACAGUGGGGGUUAUGCUUGAAUGGUGCAUUGUAUCUGAUGUCCCAAUGAGUUAUUGGAAUAUUUGACAUACCUUUUAUUGCAUCCAUAGCCAAGGGAAUCACUGUAUAUAAGUGGAUGCUGUUCUGGUUGCCGGGUCAGGAUAACACAUAACUCGGCACACCCUCUAUUUUUGUAUGUGUUUGUGAAGUGGAGGGAGAUUAUUGAUGAUGGCAUUAGGUUUCUUAGUGAAAACCGGAAGCAGUGACUAAUCCAAUUUUAGUAGAGAGGAUAUAAUCAAGCUGGACUCUUUGGUUUUCUUUAUUUUUUGGUUUUUUGACGACCUAGUGUGGCAUCCACUAAAAGCUGCAAGGAUUUGUAGACUCUAUUUAUGGUGCAAUGGCUGUACUAAAUUCUACUGCAAAUAAUGGGAACAUUUUCAAUACAAACUCUCCAUUUGAUGAUGUCUAAAUUAACUUGAGAUAAAA